AUGACAAGCAUGCAAGAAACAGUUGUACUGGCCCGAGAGUGCUUCUGCAGCAGAGAUGGAUAUAUCCUCUUGGCUGCAGACUUUCAACAAACAGAGUUACGAAUGUUAGCUCACAUGUCCCAGGAUUCUGUCUUACAAGCUGGAUUUAAACAGUCAAAAAAAUGUACUGUAGACAUAUUUAAACAACUAUCUGCUAUGUGGCUGGACAAAGAUGUGAGCGAGGUAACUACAAGUGAGCGUGAACGAACAAAACGUGUUGUGUAUUCUGUGGUUUAUGGAGCCGGCCGAGAAAAGUUAGGAGAGGUGCUCGACAUAAGUCCCCUGGACGCUAAAGAUAUAAUAACAUCCUUCAUGAAACGGUUUCCUGGUAUCCCUGCCUACAUGAGGUCUGUAGUUAAUCUUUGUAAGUCCCAAGGUUUUCUGACGACAAUAUUCAACCGUCGACGUUUCUUUCCUGGCAUUAAGUCGCAAGACUCAGUCAUUCAGGCUCAGGCGGAGAGACAAGCUAUCAACUUUGUUAUUCAAGGUUCAGCGGCAGACAUCAGUAAAGCAGCCAUGGUACAGACAGAAGUUGCUCUUGCCUCUCGCCCUGACCUUGAUGCCAAGCUGCUGAUACACAUACAUGAUGAGAUGGUGUGGGAAGUGUGUAGCAAAGACCUUGACACUGUUAUUGACAUAGUUGAGCCUAUAAUGGAAAACACUCAGCAGCUGUGUGGGCCAUUCGUUCACCUGACUGUUCCACUGCCUGUUGCUAUAUGCACUGGAACUAACUGGGCACACAUGCAUCCCUGGACAAAGGAAUAAGCCAUUUCUUAUUUUGAAUGUGUUUAGUUAAUUCUUGUGAUUAGAAUCAAUGAUUUUUGUAAGGAUUUAUUUGCGGAGUUUUUUUAAUAUUGUCAAUGAGAAUUAUUCCCCUUAAAAUUUUUACAUAGUGUUGUAAGGGCGUGUGUUUUCCAACACCUACACCACCCUUAUCUAACUUACUUCUCUUGUUCAUAGUUCUUACUCUGUUCUGUCACAUAUUCUUUUGGUAGCAUGGACAGUGUGGUAGUGUAUGUGUCGUAAAUUGUAAACUUGACAUCAUCUCCCCUUCCUCGCCCCUUAUAAUACAGUAUUGAGAAGUGAAUGAACGUCUCCUGUUGUAUUGAUCUGGGUAUAGUCUGUGAGUAUUGAACACUGUGGAUCAUGAAAAUUUAACCAGGUACUUUACUGUAUUGACUUAAUAAAAAAAUUUCAAAGUAACUGAUGGGAGAACUUAUGGGAAAAUUGUGACUUUAGUGUUGUCGUUUCAUUACAUUCUCAGACUACAGUAUCUCCUAUUAAUCCCUCGUAUAUUGUAUCACCUCUGAGCUGAAUAAAAUCAUCUGGCAUUGGCAACUAAAAUAUUAUGGCAUCUCUGUAGUGAAGGGGUUAAAAAACAGUAAUGAAGCAGUUAUGUUUGAAAAAGGAGAUGAAUCAACUCAUUUUUAUAUUGUAAAUUGUUCCCUUCCCUUUCACUCAUUCCUCUAUAAGCAUCUAUUACUGUAUACUGUCAUUGUAUGAAAUAACUUAGAAAAGACACAAACUGCUGAACUUA